CUCAUAAAAUGACUUCUACUAAAACUGGAAAGAAAGAACUGAAAUAGUCUUCGAAAUAGUAAAAAAAAAUGUCUGAUAAUUUUAUUUCAAAAAAGUAUUACUUUUUAACUUUUGUCGCAUUAUUAAUAUUCGUGUACGUAAUGCAAAAUAUCAAUAAAGUUGAAUAUACAAUGGAGUCAUUUAUUGAUGAUCAAUCUAUUAUAGACCUACUUGCCAAAAAUGAUUGCUUCGUACCAAACAGCUUAAAGAAAAUCGAUUGGCACGAUUAUGAUUUGAUACAGCGUGAACAUAACCGAAGAGGACUAGGGGAGCACGGCCAGGCAGUUUGGUUGAAAGGCAAGUACCAGUCACCAACAAUGAACCUAUAUCGUUCACUUGGCCUAAAUGAGCUCGUAAGCAAUAAAAUAUCGUUGAGUCGUGCUUUACCCGAUGUACGUCAUCCUGCAUGCAUGAAUUGCACCUAUAUAGAGUCUUUGCCUUCUGUAAGUAUUAUAAUUCCUUUCCAUAACGAACAUAUGAUUACAUUGAUAAGAACUGUGCGUUCUGUACUCAAUAGAUCACCACCGCAACUCAUAAAAGAAAUUUUACUUGUCGAUGAUGUCAGCAAUUUGAAGAUGCUUGAGAAAAAUAUAAAAAACUACGUUGCAAAAUACGAGAAUAAAAUAAAACUUUUAAAAUUAUUGAAGUACAGCGGCAAUAUCAGAGCUAAACUGCAUGGCGCCAAGGAAGCUACCGGUGAUGUUCUGGUUUUUCUUGAUGCUCACUGUGAAGUCAAUGUCAACUGGCUACCACCACUGCUAGAACCGAUUGCUCUUGAUUACCAUACAGUAAUGUGCCCUUUGAUAGACAAGAUUGAUGAUUUUACAUUCGAGUAUAAAGCGGUAGUUGAAUAUCGUGGUGGUUUCGAUUGGAGUUUAAAUUUUAAACAAAUGUCGCUACUAAGAGAGCAGGAAAGAAAAUUGCCAGAACCAUAUGAAAGUCCUGUCAUGGCAGGUGGAAUAUUUGCAAUAUCUCGUAUAUAUUUUUGGGAAUUGGGAGGAUACGAUCCAGGGCUCCACAUCUGGGGUGGAGAUCAAUUUGAACUAAGUUUUAAAGUCUGGCUAUGUGGAGGCCGUAUUUUGAUCGCAUCCUGUUCUCGUGUGGGUCAUGUAAUGCAUCAAGUGCCUUUAUUCCUUCAAUAUGGAUAUGGCGACUUUGUCAGAAGAAAUAUCCUACGUGUAGCUAAUGUGUGGAUGGACGAUUAUAUCGAAAAAGUAUUAAAGUCCGAAUCACCUAACUACUAUAUAGAUUCUGGUGAUAUUUCUCAGCAAAAAGCGCUUCGUCAAAGACUAAAUUGCAAGCCGUUUAGCUGGUUUAUGUCACAAGUUGUUAUUGUUGAAAAGAUCGUUGUCGUUGAUUCCUUCCCUUUGGCUGAAGGGCAAGUAAGACCAAUAGGGGAUCAAAGUUAUUGCGUUGACGCUGAUUUUAAUAAACUGAAACUUUCUCUUGCUAAAUGUGACCUAUCGAAAACAAAUCAGCAAUCAUUCGUGUUCACAUAUAAGGAAACUAUCAAAAGUAAAGGACAAAAUUUAUGUUGGGAUUUGAUGUAUCCGGCUUCGGAUAAUGAAAUAUAUUUAAAAAGAUGUCAUGACUUAGGGAGAAAUCAGUUGUGGCGUUAUGAAUCGAAAACAUUGCAAAUAAUUCAAAAGGACCGCUGUUUAGAUCGGGACCUUGAAAAUUUUGAUCUUUAUGUCAAACCUUGUAAUGAGUUUAGUAACACGCAGCAAUGGGUUGUCGAUUAUAAUAUUCUGUUUUAAGUGUAAAUAGUUUAAUUAGAGGACCUACAAUUAUUAUUUUUGCGUUUGUUCACAUUUUAUUUUAUUUUGUCUAUGGGUUUGCAACAAGAGUAGGUACCUACCUAAGCAUAUAACCAUUGCAUGCUCGAAUGAAAUUUAGCUGAAGCAAUGUGUUAUAUUUUUAUUGUAUUUUUUUUAGGUUAUUUGUAUCUGUGUCGAUUUGUCAUAAAGUAAAUUUGUAAUGUACCUGUAGAGAACAGAGUAUAUAGACUCUGGUCUAUACUUUGAGUCUCAGUUAAUCUGUGGGAUAUAAGCUCAGUAAUGCAAAAAAUAUUCAUUGAUUAUUGCACAUUUAUUACAUGGAUAUUACUUGCUAACGUAAAUUUUUGUAGUUUUUUAUUGCACUUAUUACGAAUCCACACAUUUUUUAUGUGAGAAUCGAUCAUUAACAGAAUGUAUUUGUUUUCAAAUAUUAGCUGAUGAUAAAACUGAUGUAUAGUUUUAAUGGCGAAUUAAUAGCUAUGAUAAAUCGACAGAGACCUUAAUAAGUACUUAUAGUGUCGAAAGUUAUGUCAGAUAUCAAUAUUAACAUUUUCAAUUGGGAUGUUAAUGUUGAUAAUAACAUGGGGAUUACUCGUCUAGUUAUUAUUUUAGGUGAAUGUAACGUUAAAUUGUAAGACUACUAAAGAA